CAUUGGUUGAUAUGUCAGAUACAGGAAUAAACAUAACGUUUUUUUAGAAACAACACGAGGACAGAAAAUUAGAGUAGUUUUAGAAAAUGGAAUACGUUGAUUUCAACGCUAAAUCAUCGCCAAAUAAAAAUGGGGAAGACAAAGAAGUGAUACAAAUACGAAGAAAUACUAUAUUAUGUUGCGAGUGCGGUGCCAAGAUAGAACCCAAUACCCAUAAUAUGUGUACGAAUUGCUUACGUGAUCAUAUUGACAUCACGGAAGGCAUAUCAAAAGAAGUGGAACUGCAAUAUUGCAGGAAUUGUGAAAGAUACCUACAACCGCCCGGCGAAUGGAUAAAUGCCAGAUGGGAGUCCAGGGAAUUACUUGGACUAUGCUUGAAAAAGAUAAGAGGCUUGAAAAGUCUUAACUUAAUUGACGCUUGCUUCAUUUGGACCGAAAAACAUUCAAAGCGUCUUAAAGUAAAGCUAGUGGUAGAAGGAAAUGAGGUCGAUCAUGCUUCUUUGCGUCAAGGCGCUAUAGUUGAUUACACCAUACAAAAUCAAAUGUGCCACGAGUGUCAUAGGGUGGAGGCGAAAGAUUUUUGGCGUUGUGUAGUGCAGGUCAGACAGCACGCUGAUAAUAAGAAGACCUAUCUAUAUUUGGAACAGUUAAUCUUAAAACAUAAAGCUCACGAAAAUACUUUGGGAAUUAAACCAAUGCAUGGUGGCUUAGAUUUUUAUUUUGCAUCUGAGAAUCAUGCCCGUAAACUAGUAAGUUUUCUCGAAGCAAUGGUUCCUGUUAAGGUAACUAAUUCUAGGCGCUUAAUAUCGCACGAUAAAAACAGCAACAUUCAUCACUACAAGUAUACAUGGUCUGUGGAAAUAGCACCUCUUUCGAAAGAUAGUUUAGUAUGCCUCUCUCCCAAGCUACGGCACCAACUGGGAAAUAUACCAGCAUUAUGUUUAGUCCAUAAAGUGACGCACAAUAUGAAUUUAAUUGAUCCUGUAUCUGGUCAGUUAUCGGAAUUAAGCGGUCUCAACUACUUUCGUUCGCCAUUUGAGGCCAUUUGCAAUCCAAAGCAGCUAGUUGAAUAUAUUGUAAUGGACGUUGAAACACUGAAACCAUCAGAGCGUAAAGGUUCUUCAUCAAAAAACCUUACAUCCGACAGACAUUUAUUAUGUGAUGUUUGGUUAGUUCGUGCAUCGCAGUUGGGCACUAAUGACAAUACCAUACAUGCACGCUCACAUUUAGGACAUGUGCUGGCUGUUGGUGACUCCGUUUUGGGCUAUAGCAUGACAGAAGCAAAUAUCAAUGAGGCGGAGUUUGAAAAACUAAAAAGUGAUAACAUUCCCGAUAUAAUAUUGGUGCGAAAAUGUCAUGAUCGUCAGUCAGGCAAUAGGAAGCGUUUGUGGAAACUGCGCCAUUUAUCAUACGGUCAUCAAGUUGAUGAACAGCUUGUACGUGACAAACUUGAUUUCAUUGAAGAUUUAGAAGAAGAUCCCGAAUUUCGUAAGAACAUUAAUGUAUACCCCGAACAUAUUAAUGUAGCCGAGAAUGAAGAUACAGAAGUCAUUAAUGAGCUGGCAGAGAUACUAGAUGAAAACGGAGAAGACAAGAUGAAGGACAAAAGCUGA